AAAAGGCCAGUUUUUAAGUUUGUUACCUAUGUGGAACAGUUAUUUCCUGGUAUACAGUACGGGGAAAAUAAUUAUAGGCAGCUAUCUAUCCAGCCCUACAAUACCACUCUUUCCUAUAUCUUUUUUUUUAAACUGUCCUAGAAUUAAAAGAGAAAGAAAAAAAACAAUGAAUUGGACACUUAGAGGUAGCUGCUUAUAAUGUGGGACUAUAUUAAUUGUUUCUCAGUUGUGCCUUUCUUUCAUCUCCUUCCCCCCCUUUUUUUUUUACUUCUUGGCCCCAAAAUGAAAUUUGUAGGUGGGGAAAAAAAAUAAGCUUGCAUGUAAUUCUGUAAGAAAUAAGGCUCUUGGUGCUGAUGCUAGUUAGUGGUCAAAGAAUGCUUAAAAUGUUAUGUUACCAGUAAGCCUUAUUUAUUUAUUUAUUUUAAAAAGCAUUUGCCGAGAGAGUGAAAUCUGUUUGAAAAUUGUCUGCAGGGGCAAUGCACAUAUACGCAACCCCAGUUUCACACACCAAUAGCAUAUGGGUUUUGUAGCUGGAGGUUCUCUAAGAUUGUUGUCUCCGGUCACUGUCCAUGUUACAGCUGUGCUUAAGGCUGUGAUACUGAUCACACCUGCCUGACAUUAUUAUGUUCUCAAGUAAAUAUGGUGAGGGGCUGGCUUUGAAAGCACAUGGUAGAGGAUACAAAUUUGAGUUCUGAGAACAAUUUUCAUCAAGGUCAGAGGAACUCCAGGAAAAAAAGCUUCCCAUGAUAUCCACAUUACAGUGGGGAAGGGUCUCUCCCGCACUGGGGAGAUACUCACCCCCAUAUGUGGCAGGUGAUCUCUCUGAUGGCAAGGAUUGGAUGCUCUGCCAAAGCUGCUGCCACAGCUGGUGAAAUGCCUCUGCCCAACUUUGCACUGCAGAAUCACUGUCCAGAUAAAUGGAACGGAACACAUCUCUGCAGGCCAAGAAUGCCACUGCAGCAUCCAUGAAGGAUGGGAGGUGUGGAGAAAUCUCAUUUGAUAGCCCAGAGCAGACUGCCAAAUGUGUUCGCAUGCUAGGAGAUGCACGACUGAGAGGUCAGACAGGAGUUAUCUCUGAGCGACGUGGUUCCUAUCCAUUUAUAGACUUCCGUCUUCUGAACAAUACUAUUUACUCAGGGGAAAUUGGAACAAAGAAAAAGGUGAAAAGACUCUUAAGCUUCCAGAGGUAUUUCCAUGCAUCCAGGCUAUUGCGUGGAAUCGUACCACAAACAUCAUUGUACUUACUGGAUGAAGACUACCUUGGUCAAGCAAGGCACAUGCUAUCCAAAGUGGGAAUGUGGGAUUUUGACAUUUUCCUGUUUGACCGCUUGACAAAUGGGAAUAGCCUAGUCACCUUGCUGUGCCAUCUCUUCAAUGUCCAUGGGCUUAUCCACCAUUUUCAGUUAGACAUGGUUACAUUACACAGGUUCUUAGUUAUGGUGCAAGAGGACUACCACAGUCAAAACCCAUACCACAACGCUGUCCAUGCUGCUGACGUGACACAAGCCCUGCACUGCUACCUAAAGGAGCCCAAGCUUGCCAACUUCCUCACACCUCUGGAUAUUAUGCUCGGACUACUGGCUGCUGCAGCCCAUGACGUUGAUCAUCCGGGAGUCAACCAGCCAUUUUUGAUAAAAACCAAACAUCACCUUGCCAGUUUAUACCAGAAUGUCUCGGUAUUAGAAAACCAUCACUGGAGAUCUACAGUCGGCAUGCUUCGAGAAUCCAGGCUGCUUGCACAUUUGCCAAAAGAAGAAAGGCAAGACAUUGAACAACAGCUGGGCUCCCUGAUCUUGGCAACAGACAUCAACAGGCAAAAUGAGUUUCUGACCCAGUUGAAAACUCAUCUCCGAAAUCAGGAUUUGAAUUUGGAGGAUGCUCCAGACAGGCAUUUUAUGCUUCAGAUUGCACUGAAGUGUGCCGAUAUCUGCAAUCCUUGCCGGCUCUGGGAGACGAGCAAACAGUGGAGUGAGCGAGUCUGUGAGGAAUUCUAUAGACAAGGGGACCUGGAGCAGAAAUUUGACUUGGAAAUAAGCCCUCUUUGUAAUCAGCAGAAGGACACAAUACCUAGUAUACAAAUUGGCUUCAUGACCUACAUUGUGGAACCACUCUUUGAAGAAUGGGCCAACUUUACUGGGCACACCCCCUUAUCCGAAAACAUGCUAAACCAUCUGAGGAGGAACAAGACCAAGUGGAGGAGUUUGCUUCAUAAACAACACAGCAGCAGGAGGAGCAGUGACCACUCGGUUCAUAAGACAGAAAAUGAAGAACAAACUUUAAAUGAAGGAGAAGCCCUGUAGCAGUGGCCACUCAGCGCUUUAUGCUGCUGUGCCCCGAAAUCUUUCCCAACAGUGAACAAAAUGGGUAUGAUGGCCCGCUGUUAACCAUGCAGGAAGAAAAAGCAGGGGGGGGGGGAAGCUAAUGGCUACAGGUGUCCCUCAGUAGAACAUGUGUUCUAAAGCUCUGCCAAAUCUCACUUCCUCAUCUUAAUAUCUGAAGCCAUGCAUCACUUCUCAUCACCAACUCUUUGUGUGAGAAGUUUCUUUUAGUCAUGUUGAAGCUGGGCCAGUGAACAAGUUCCUCACCAUCAAGAGGAUUAGAGAGCACAAGGCAAGACCAGUGCAUUCUUGGUUAUCCGUUUCAUUCACUCUUGGUGAAACUGUGACAUGUUUCUGAACAAAAGGUUUGGAGCAACAUACAGUCUUCAGUUGGGCAGCUGGGCUGCACAUUAAAAACCACCUUCACCACCAGCAGCGCCAUUGGAGAACGCUGAGGACAUCUGGUCAUGCGAGAGAAAAAGUAUCUCAUUUUAAAUAAUCAAUCAAGCCUUUUUUUU